GGGGAGUUAGGAAACAAAGUUGUUACCCGGGCAACACGGGACGCAGAGCUCUCCACCGUAUUUUCGGAGCCUAGAGAGCGACCCAAAAACUGACCCAGAACAUGGACUCUGAAAAUAUGGAAUCUGAAAAUGCAGAAACUGAAAACAUGGAAACUGAACACAUGGAAUCUGAAAACAUGGAAAUUGAAACUAUUUCUUCAGUUUCAACUCUGCAGGCUCUCUCAAGACUACUUUAUCCUGAAGAGGAUGACUUUGAGUUGGAACAGGCAAAUAGUUCAUCUGCCGUCGGAGCCAUGGGUCCUGGGAAUAUUGGACCACCAAAAAGAGAAGAGCUCAAAAUCAUCCCUCAAACCAGCAAUGAAAAUACGAAGGACAUCUGGAAUCCAGAGGAGGUUCUAGAAGGAGCAGAGCACCACGACAUGUGGGAUGUCAGAGAAACACCAGAAUAUGAAAUUCUAUUCAAACAGCAGGUGGGAACUGAAGAUGUGUUCCUGGGAUUGACCAGAAAGGACGCUUCAACUGCGUGUUGUAAGGAUCUACUGGUUAAAAUUAAGCUGCCAAAUACAAGCCCUUCUGAAAUUAAAAUCGAUAUUCAGGAAAUGAUCCUCGACCUCCGUACUCCUAAUAAGAAACUGUUGCUAACCCUUCCCCAUCCUGUGGAAUGCAACAGUGCCAAAGCUUGCUAUAUCCUUGAAAGUGAGACUCUCGAAGUUACCGUGACUAUGAAACGAGAGUUGGAUUUUCUUAAUUUCUUCUGAAACUGCAUGGAUAAGGAGGAAACUUGGUAAAACAGCACUGAUUAAAAAAACUGAAAACUGAAAAAAUUGCUUAAUGGUUUCAAUCUUCUCUGUAUUAUUCUGAUAUAUUUCAGAAAGGGCCUAUCAAUUCUAGUGAUAUUGUGAUCAUUUACAGUCAUUUCUUUUACUCUAGCAAGAAAUAUUGUUUUCUCAUACUAAUAAGCUAUUUCAUUUUUAUAGUGAUCACUGGAUAGAAUUUACAGGUUAACCAAUUAGAUUACUACAUGGUCAAUUAAAUAACUGAAAUAUGACCGUGAAAUAGUUGGUCCACUUGUUUCAGUGGUCUAAAGAACUUAAGCCAAUUGAUUAUAACAUGAUACAAUCAGUUGCAUAGCAAUUGGUCAUUAUUAUCACCAGAAAAGUUUAUUCAGUUUCCUUUUUUGUUGUUGAUUUAAUCAAAUGAUUUUGACUGUUCUCUG